AUGGGGGGCUCGACGCUGGAGGUCACGAACCUCCCGCCGGACAUCAACGACGCGGACUUCCACCACCUCUUCUCCCUGAGCGGAUGCCUCGGCAGCAGGCUGGAGCGCGACGGCGGCGGAAGGCCCGUUGGUUACCUCAGCUUCGCGGACGAACCCGCCGCGAUGACCGCGCGCAACUACUACAACGACACCACGAGCUACAGGCUCGAAGUGAUGAUCAACCAGCCCAACAGGGGCCCGCCGCCCAAUCAGGCGCCGGUUGACGAAGACCGCGGCGGCAAACGGAUGCGAAACGACGGCGGAUACGACGGCGGCGGAUUCGGGUACCAGGCCGGUCCGCCCGGGCCAGGGCCGGGAAGCAUGCCUCCGCGGGGCGGCGGCGGCGGCGGCGGCGGCGGCAAUUGGGGAUCCACCGACAACUACGGCGGCGGCCCGAUGCGCGGCGGCCCGCCCCCUCCGAUGCCGAUGGGCGGCCCGCCCCCUCCGAUGGGACACGGCCCGGGCGGCGGGUACGGUCCGGGUCCCCGGGGCGGACCGGGCGGGCCGCCGGGAUCGGGGAUGAUGGGCCCCGGCGGGCCGGGGAUGAUGGCGCCGCUCCCGCCGAUGCCGGGGCCGCCGCCGCCGAUGCGAGGCGGUCCGAUGGGCCCUCCCCGCGGCGGGCCGCCUCCCCCGCGGCUCCCGGACAACGCGUCGCCGACGCUGCACAUCAGUGGCGUGCCGAAGGACGCGACGGUUCGCGAGAUUUGCCACAUCUUUCGGCCCUUCGACGGGUUUCAGUCGGCCAGGCUGGUGCCCAGCAAGGACCCGGAGCGGGGUCCGCUGUGCUUCGCGGAGUUCACCAACCCCGAGCUCGCGUUCGUGGCGCUCGAGACGCUGGAGGGGUACCUGAUCGACAGGGACGAUCCGGACUCCUCCGCGCUGCACAUCGCCUUCGCCAAGAACAAGCCCAGCGGCAGGAUGGCGAGAAAAUGAUUGAUCUUGGCGAGGCGAUGAGCGGGAGAGGAGAAGCGCUCGUGUUUCGUUGGCAUUCAGCUAUUAUUAAACGCUUUCAGCAUGUUCUAUGCGGCUAUUAUGUGCAUUUGUGCAAAU